AUGACUUCCCUCGCUGCAUUGCCCAACGAGAUUCUGCUUACCAUUGUCGGAUACCUGUCUCACCAGAACGAUAUCUUCUCGCUGGUCAAGUCCAAUCGAAAGCUGUACCACCUCCUCCAGCCCUACCUGGUUCGCCAUAAUGUCCGCCACCACGGCGGCUCAGCCCUUGUGGGGGCCGCAAAGUACGGUCGCACUGACUUUGUGAAAGAGCUGCAGGGUCUGGGUGCGUAUAUUGCAUUGUUCGAGCCCGAGAAGCCAUGGAAAAUGGACGAUCCUACCCUUGAGAAGGUCAAGAACCCGCUUUUAUUGGCAGUCCGUGGAAACCACCUGGAGACACUCAGAGCCUUGCUUUUACAACCGCCCCCGCCGACGUUGAUGCAUGCUGCUUUCCACUGUGCCAUCCGCGAGUGCCGUACUGAGUUUGUGGAUCUCAUGUUGCACCCUCAUGCUCCGCUAGGUCGGCGAGCUCUUCCGAUCCCCAUGCGGGCAUCUUCUGCCCUCGUCGCCGCCGUGCAGUCCAAUUCCGUCGCCAUGGUGGAGCGGUUGCUCAGGCACGGGGCGCGCUCAGAUCCCAAAGAUCGACCACACGCGUUCGAAGCAGCGUUAGACGCAGGUCAAGGCCACGGCCUCCAGCUGGAGCUCUGGGGCCUUCUACUUGCCAAUGGUGAACGCCUCGAGACAGACUGGGCUCUGCGCAAAGCGGCUGCCAACAACGACAAAACGGCGAUCGAGCUGCUUGUCAAGCAUGGACUUGACAUAUCGGUUUACGGCCACUACGACUUAUUCAAUGCAGUUAUGAACGGCCACGUCGAAACAGCUGCAUUUCUGAUCGAGAUGGGCGCGAACCCGCAUUUGCGCGUGUACUGCACAACACAUCAAGCAUACGGUAGCACGAAAAGCGCGAUCUGGUACGCAGUCCAUGCGCGGCACUUGGACAUGAUAGCGUUGCUGGUCUCGAAAGAUGUCCGUCCUGACCCCGAGGAUAUUGUCCACGCACAAAGGAUCGGGUUCCAGGAAGCUGCUGUCGUUCUUUUGGGUGUCCCUUCUGAACCUAGAUUUGCUGAAUCAAGAGUUUAUCGGGAGGAGAUUCGAGAACAUGUUGAACUCGCUGAAGGACUAGCCUGGGAAAAGAAUAGAGCGUUUAAACGGAUGGGGUACUGCCACCCUGAUCUUUAUCCUCUCCCUUACCCCGAAGAUUGCCCUGACGAUAGUUCAUUCAGCGUCAUGGUUGUUGGGCGCGAUAAGGUCGAGCUCGGCCAUGUUUCUCCAGCAGGAUUAAGCCGUAAUGGCUUCAGCUUUGAAUCGGCUAUGAAAACCGAAACACUUGAUGCUCGGGGAGAAAGCUUGAGACAAGCCUCCUGGGCCAGCUCAGAUCGAGACUCCUUUUGCGAGAACGAGUGGAACGCGGGCAUUGACAAGGUCCCCCGGGACUUUGCCCAAUGGGACCAGGGCUGGAUCAGAAGGAACAGCAGCAAUCUCGCCGGCAUCACGGCACGUCGCCCUGAACGAGAAGGGCAAGGAUCAACCGGGUUGAAUGAAUCAUGUCUCCUGACUCUCAUCAAACACCAGAAGGAGGGAAGCAGGCUAAUCCACUUGAUCCCGCUGCAAGCUAUGCCAUCAACCAUCGCAUCCGGAACCUUAUACGCAGAGUUCGAUGUCCACGCCAUGAGACAGAGCGCUGCGAGUCCGCUUCACUGA